GGAUGGCGACAUGGAGUCGCAGUAUUGGCGUGUUCAUCCGAUGUUCAGCGGGACGGAGCCUAGGGUGAAUCGUCAAAGCGGGCCCCUAUUGCGUUAUGGCGUUGGAGUUAGCGUGGGCUUAGGCUCGGCCAAUCCCAUGUGAUGCAAGCCGAUACGCUGUCGUCGCCGCUCCUCCUCUCCGACCAGCAUCUCCCGUACUGCGGAUAGCUCCCACAAAGCAUGGACGCGAGCAGCUACACUCUCCGACCGAGAUCCGGAAUGCAGCAGCCAGAAGAGACGUGAGCGCGCGCAGGGGCGCUGAUCACUUAUAAACACACAGUUUGGUCGCCUUCCACUGCUUCCACUGCAUAUCUUGUUGCACACACCGAUACUCGUCGCACCAACACGAUGGGGAAGCGUCUGGGUGCGUUCAGAGCCACCUACCUUGUGCUCUUGAGCUGCAUUGGGUCGUUUCUCUUUGCCUAUGACACGGGCAUCGUGGGCGGGGUUUUGACCCUGAAGAGCUUCCAGCGAGACAUGGGCUUCACCGCUGCAAACAAGACCCAGAUUAGCUCGAAUUCUGCCAGUCUACUACAGGCCGGAGCAUUCUUUGCCUGUUUUCUCGUGUGGCCGUUCACAGCUCGUUUCGGACGCCGUUGGUCUAUUGCCCUGGCCUCGCUCGUGUUUGAGAUUGGGGCUAUCCUCCAGCUGUUCUUCCCCGGCAACACCGUAGCAUGCUGGUACGCUGGCCGGACGAUAUCUGGGUUUGGCGUCGGCAUUGCCACGACUAUCAUCCCCAUGUACUCCGCUGAGAUGGCGCCAAAACACAUGCGAGGUCAGCUUGGCAGCCUUUUCCAGGGCUGUUUCACUCUUGGAGUCUUUACAAGCUACUGGGUCACUUACGGUGCCACCAAAAUGGCACCAUCCACCAGACAAUGGCGUAUUCCUGUCGGCCUCCAGUUGCUGUUCGGUGGGCUUCUUGGAAUGGGAAUGUUGUUCACCAAGGAGUCAACGAGAUGGCUGGCAAAAGUCGGGCGCCAUGACGAAGCUCUAAAAUCUUUGAUCUGGGUUCGAGGCGGCGAAUACACCAAGGACAUCCAAGCGGAGAUGAACGAGAUCGAUGCUGGCAUUGCCGAGGAAGAGCGCCUGACCCAGGGUGUGACUUGGAAGGAGUACACAUUGCCGGCGAAUAGAUGGCGCAUCAUUCUCGUUAUCACGCUGCAGAUUGGCGUUCAGCUCACUGGCAAUACCUCUUUGGCAUAUUUCGCACCGCAAUUUUUCGCCGCAGUUGGUGCCGGAAACAACUCGGUGUUGAUGAGCGGAUUCUUUGGACUGUGCAAGGUCGUCGCAUGCUUCUUCUUCCUGCUCUUUCUCGUGGAGCGCAUUGGACGCCGUUGGGCACUGCUCAACGGCGCCUUUUUGAUGGCUAUUCUCAUGCUUAUCGUUGCUGUCAUCACAGCAACUGAACCACCAACCGGUAAAGCUGGUCUCACCAGGUCUGCAAGCGCCGCUAUUGGGAUGAUCUAUAUUGAGGCGAUGGUCUACAAUAUCUCUUGGGGCCCUGUACCUUGGCUCUACAUGAGCGAGAUCUUCCCUACGCGCAUUCGUGAAGGAGCCAUCGCGACCGGUACUGCUACACAAUGGUUGUUCAACUUUGUCUUCAGCCAAGUCACGCCGCAUGCUAUCAACAACCUUGGUUGGAAGACAUUUUUAAUGUUUGCCAUCUUUAAUUGCUCGCUCGUCGUAUAUGCGUGGUUCUUUAUCAGAGAGACGAAGGGACGAUCUCUUGAGGAGAUGGAACUGCUGUUCAACCCAAGCGGCACUCAGCUCGACUUAGAAGGGGCGCGCCAAAAAGCCUACAGCACAGAAGAACCCGCCACGUCGACCAAGCAUGACAAGAACAACGUGACGGUAUAGACGUACGGACAUGGAAAUGCCCUGAUGCUCAGCUGUAAAAUGCUCGAGGUGAUGCGCCACUACGAAAUGUUUCCUCCCGACUGGCGUCUCUCGCCUACAUAUGAACAUACGCGAUAA